UGACCGGCGAGCAUCUCUUCAGAGGAAAUUCCCCCUGAAACUCGUCAUCGUACAUUUAUCAUUGAAAACCCAGAGCAGGCUUGAAGCUGUUACAGGGUUUGCUGAAGACUGCAGAUUAGUUUCACACAGCUCAGCCUGCGACAACAGGAAACGAGAGAAAAAGCGCCACUGACGCAGAACUGAAACCUGCAUCGGUGAAGCUUCAGUUUCACUAUGUCCUCCCGGCUGUCUGUGACUUGAGGCGAUGGAGAGCCCGUCCUCCACUGUGAGGCGGCGAGCCUGGAUCAACAGCAGCCGACAGUGGCCCACUCUGGAGGAACUGGACCCCGAAGGGCCGCUGUGCAGCCUCCCGUCUGCCUCCAUAGCAGACGACGAUGUCUUUUCCGAUGGAUGCUUCACAGGAAAGAUUGAGAACUGGCUCCUGCGUUGUGGGUCAGAGGCCUGCUCAGAGAAUACUGGCCAGCUGAGUUUUGAGUCUGUGCUCAAAGCCAACAACUUAGACGAUGACCUGAGUCUUGGUGCUGAUGCUUCUUUGUUAAAUGGAGGAGGAAUUUCACGUGAAGCUGGCCCCGCACGGCGUCCUUCCCUGAAACAACAACACAGCAGACUCAACAGCAGCACCCCUCGUACUGGACUAUGUCCGCCGUCACUGAACUUGGGCCACAGCAUGGCCUCCAGCUGCCUCUCCUCCUCCACCUGUAAAACAACAUCAAGUGUGUCCGAGAUCCUGCAGAUGUGUUCUGAGGAUGCAGAGGAGACGUUGUAUGAGCUGGGUUUCGGCUGCGAUGAGCCACAGGUCACUGUUCGCAUCCCUCCUCGCUUCUUCACCUUCCCCUCUCAGGCUCAGGGCAUCAACUUCCGCCUGUUCUUGGAUGCACAGCUACGGCGGAUACGAGAGGAGGACCCCAGCCUCUCUCUUGCUAGCCGUUUCAGACAAGUCCAAGUGCUCACAGCAAUGGCCAACGCUUUUUACUCCCUCUACUCCCACGUGUCCCGCACCCCUCUUCAGAAACUCGCCACGCCGGAGUUCACUUUCUCGUCUCCCGUGGAGAGGAUCGAACGCUUCAGGAGCAGUGUCCGCAGUGAGCCGCGUUCUCCGGUGGAGAGGCUGAAGGACACCGUCUCCAAGAUGUGCCUCUACACAGGCUCUCCUCGCGGGUCAGACUCCACCUCUCCGCAGCCCUCACCCAGGAAAAGGUCCAGCCUCCCUGAUGUUGUGGAUAUAGUCCUGGUGAAAGCCAAGACCGGGGCUUCCAAGAAACUGGAAUUGGGGGAAUAUACCAGGAGUAAUUCAGCUGUAGAUGUUCGGCUAGUCACGGAUGAUGAUAAAUCCUGUAACAGAUGGAGAGAAGAGCAAACACAGCAGACCGUGGUGGACACGGACAUCCUUCAGAAUGGAAAUAAAAUCUGUCACAAUGACAUGCAUAGCAGCAAACAAACAGAUAAUGAUGACGCUGAUAAAAACAGUGUCCGACCAACAGACACUGACAGCAGGACUCACAGUCUGAGAACAUCUCUAGCCUCAACCUUAUCAGGAGAUACUGUGAUAGAAACAGAUCAUCACUUUCUUUCAUGUCAGGCUGAGCAGAUCUCAUAUUCCACACAAAGUGAUACAAGGAGAGCUGAGCUAAAGCCUGUUGCCAAGGUUACGUAUGAUCGAAUCUGCCCGCAGAUAGUCGAGAGCGUGCACCAGGCGCCUUUCUGCUCUCAGCACACACACAGCCCAAAAGCAAACACAUUACCUCUUAUCUGCUCUGAGACAGAAAGUCCUGGAUCACACAAACCCCGUGUACAAAGCCCUAUCUCUGGGCCUGAUGUUGCCUUUUCAGGAGAGGCCAGAUUGGCUGAUACAUCCGGACCACUUCCUGUCCUGGCCUCCAAUGCCAACCAUACCCAUUACUGCAUCACCGUGACUGGCUGGGAGGGGGACGAUGCCUCUUCCUGUUCCUUGAACACGCCAGAUUCCAGCCAUACUUCUACUGUCCCUCCUGUCCAGACAUGUGAGGAGUACUUGAACAGGGGGAAAAGCCAGUACCUGAAUCCACUGACACAUCGGGGCCUGGGGGAUUUCUCCAGUAACGUAAAACAGGCUAACUCUUUUGAUCUGGAGGAGCUGCAUAGUGCGGGAGAGGAGGAUUAUGGACAGACUGAUGCUACAUUGUCCACAAAACGUCAGUACAAAGGUGAGGUUGGCCGGGGCGACAGCAUGCAGUCAGACAGCAGCGGCUAUGCAGAUGAAGAAGUCAGUCCCUCAUCAGACAGACACGGGAGAUGACAGGAAAACACAGAGCUCCAUGUAAACAACGUUCAAAGUAGUGUUUGGAAAGUGCGUCCACGCAGGGACCGACAGUCAAACAGGCCCAAAGGAGUCAAAUGUCAUGUUUUUGUAAGAGACUUACACCACAUGUGAAGCUUUCGGAGGCUUUACACUGAAGAAGCUUUUUCGCAAUAAGGAACAUUUCUGCAAAGCAUUACAUUCUCCCCCAGUGUUCAUUCUGAAUACAGAAUAUUGUAAAUAAAUAAAACAUUUAAGUUGUUUAAAGCCUUUGAUGAAAUGCUGUGUGGAUCAUAUUUGAAUAAGUCAAUCUGGAAUUACAGCAUAUGUUCAAUUUAUUACAAUAACAGUUUGCAGUAAAUUUACAAAAAAAGAAAAAACAAAAGUCAAUUUC